UCAUUAAAUUAAAUUUACCUUUUUUUUAUACUAGAUUCUAGUAAUUCUAGCGUUCAGUUUGUGCUUUGUAGUAGUUGUGUAUAUGAGAGAUUUUAUUUCCAGUUUUAUUAAGUUGCAUGUUGCAUGUUCAUCCCAGUCGUUAGCCCUGGGUGUAAUUCCUCCCCGGUCCUGAGGUGGUGCUGUAGCACGCAGCUCACUGACAACGCGUGCUUUCCUAGUUCAGGCAUGCGCGCGCUCUACAGCGAAAAGAGAAAAUGGAGGAUGUCAUAUCGCUUUGACCGCGUUGCUGAUGCACUAUAUCUCUAAAUGACUCAUUGCGAUGUGAACGGCUCAGGAGCUGCUUGUAAUUAAACACUGUUCCCAGUUCAACAGAGUCUGAAAGGCACACAAACAGAUAAUUCUGUUUGAAAACUAGCAAGUGACUCCAUCAGCUAUGGAGGAGAUUGUGAGCCCUGAACUAGCUCAAACCUCUAAGCCUGAGUCCAGCCAGGAUUUGGAUUCCAGUUCACAAGCUGCAGUGGCAGAGGAGGAAAAGGACAACAAAAUUGACACAGGUGAAAGUGAUGCCGCGCAAGAAAACCAAGUAGAGGACUCCGAGAAAUCUGCAAAGAACUCCAACGUGCUCAAGAAGACUUGGGGCUUCCGUAGGACCACUAUUGCGAAACGUGACAUGGCUGGAGAGACAGCAGGCAUAACAGAUAGUCCUGGAGCACCGGUGCGACGAAGCGGAAGGCAGGCCAAGCGAACUGAUAAGCUAGAGGAGUUCCUGGUGACGGUUAAGCGAGGGAGAGGAGCAGUGAGACGUAGCGCACCUGCUUACUUGGAAAGUGGAGAUCCACCAUCUGACUCUGCAUCAGAGGCCAGCUUGGACAGAAACACAGAGUGUAAAGUGACAGAAAGCAAAACACCAUCACCAGUGAGAAGGACCAGAGGGAGGGGCAGGGGAAGGGCAAGCCCCAAGGCCAUAACAGACAUGGUGGACUCAGCCAGUGAUGAGGAUAGUUCAGAGAAUGAAGAGGGAACCUUGAAAGAGACACAGGAACAGCAUGAGAUAGAGACUGGUGUAGAGGAUGACACGAAAGGAGAGGCGAUAAAAGAAAUGCAGCAAGAAGAACUGCAGAAAGAUGAUGAUGAUGAGACAAACAAGGAGGAGGUGCCUGCCAACACAAGGCCUUUAAGAAGCCCUUUGAAAUCAGGCACUAAAAGAGAACCUAAGCCUAAAGCUUCGGCAGGCAAAGAGAAGGAUGUGGAUGAAGAGGAGGAUGAUGAGACGUCGUCAUCAUCCAGCGAGUCUGAUAAUGACGGUUAUGAUCCAAAUGCACUUUAUUGCAUCUGCAGACAAAAACACAACAAAAGGUUCAUGAUAUGCUGUGACCGGUGUGAGGAGUGGUUCCACGGAGACUGUGUGGGCAUUACCGAGGCACGCGGCCGUCUGAUGGAGCGCAACGGUGAGGACUAUGUGUGUCCCAACUGCACAAGCAGGAAGGCCCAGAACUCCAAGCCCUCCACUUCUCCAUCCGGCGCUGAAACCGGCAAACGACCUGCUACUCCCACAGCUGGUCGCAAGGCAGAUCCCAAUCCAGGUCUUCUUAGCCAAGCCAAUGUGCAAACACCUUCAACCGCUGCUUUUCCUGCUGCUUCAGCUACUCCUGCUGCAGAAGAGAAGACCGGGGAAGAAGUCGGCAUCAAGGGCAGGAUUGAGAAAGCUGCUAACCCAAGCGGCAAAAAGAAAAUAAAGAUUUUCCAGCCGGUGAUGGCGACUGCAGAGGAAUCCUCUCUCCCUAAGUGCAUUGGUCCUGGCUGUGAAAGGGAUGCGCUACCCGACUCUGUUUACUGUGGUAAUGACUGCAUUCUCAAGCAUGCUGCUGCUGCCAUGAAGACCAUCACUACUGACAACAGGGAGACUAAACCCAAGGAGAAGCCCAAGCCAAAAAUCCUGAAAAAGCCUACAGUCGUAUCUACAGUCAAGAAUUCGGGUCCUGAGCGCAGAAGCAGCAGGAGGUCUCCAGACCCGUCCAGCAAAACUCAAGAGGAUUCCUUGGAGUCGGAAGGCAACGAAGCUGAAGAUGAGGAGGACGAAGAAGACAGAGUCGCAGAAGAGCAUCCGCCACCGCCAGCCAUGUCAUCCUGGUCCAGCGAUCAUAAUUACAUUGCAGUAGCGCCAGAAAAGACUACAGCAAUAUCACCAACUGUGUUAAACAAAGCGUCUACUCAGAAGGAUGAAGAGGAAAAAACAGAAGAACCUGAACCUGACAAGAAAGAGCCGGCUCCUGUAGAAAAGAAACCCCCAGCAACAACUGUCUCCUCCAAAGGGAGCAAAAAGUCUCCAGGCACAAAGAUGACCAAGCCUGUUCCGGUCUCUGCUCCCAAAGGCAAAACGAGCACUACGUCUUCAAGCAGUUCCAAAGACUUGAAAAAACAUUCAACAUUACAAGGCAAAAUUGUCAAAUCAAAAAAACCAGGGCCACCCCCACCUCCCAUUCCAGUCUUUUCCACUUCUGGUCCUCCUGGAUCAAGGCUCCAUCCCACAGGAGCUUUGAGUGUUGGCAAGAGCACCUUCACCAUCCCCAAAAAGCAGCCCCAGUCUGGGGCGAAGGAACCUGCGAGUUCUGGUUCCUCUACGGCCUCCAAGUUGCCUUCUGUGUCCGUGCCCUCUAGCUCCCAGACCCAGCCACCACCAUCCAAGGCAGCACCACCAGCACCUCUCCCUCCACAAGCACCACCUAACAACCAGAUGAGAUCCAACAUCCGUCGUUCACUAACUGACAUUUUAUACAAAAGGGUAAGUGACAGCGAUGACCUCUCCAUGUCUGAGAGUGAGGUUGGCAAGCUGGCUGUCAGCAUUGAGAAAGAAAUGUUCAAUCUGUACAUGAACACAGACAGCAAGUACAAGAACAAGUACAGAUCCCUAAUGUUUAACCUGAAGGACCCAAAAAAUAAGGGUUUGUUCUAUCGUGUGAUUGGUGGAGAGGUCAGCCCAUUUCGCUUAGUGAGGCUCAGCCCCGAAGAAUUGCUCUCCAAAGAGAUUUCUGAUUGGAGGAAAACUGGUACAUCUGAGAUUCUGGACGCUAGUGGAAGGACACAACCAGGGUACUCCAAAGCUGGAUCCAAACAGGACACCGCUCCUGCUGAUGUUGACAUGGAAGAAGCUCCUUCCAUGUCUGAUGGAGAUGUAUGUAUCUCUGCUACUUCCCAAUCUCCUCGCUUGGCUUCUGGGGCAGAUCAUCAGGACUCUCACCCCUCUUCAACAACUCCGAGUUCUGCUUCAACAGGAAAAAACAGCGGUGUCCCAGACAUAUUAAGUAAUAUGUUGAAAGACACCACGGCAGAACACAGAGCUCACCUGUUUGACCUUAACUGCAAGAUUUGCACAGGUCAGCGGUCAGCUGAUGAUGAGCCAGCAGCUAAAAAGCCCAAACUGUCACUUCCUAAAAAACAAGAUCCACCUGAAAAACCCAAAGCAGAGCAACGACCCUCCAAGGUGCAAGCAGACCAAUCUAACACCGGUUACUCUGUCAGCGAUGUGUCUACUCCUCAUCAACCAAUUAGCAUGGAAGACCAGAGCAGUACUGUGCCUGUUGUGCAAGCUCCUGUGGUCAUGCCCACAGGUUCUUCUGUCACGAUAAGCCGCCGCGACCCUCGUACUGCCAGCCACCGCUCUUCUACACCUCUCGCUCAGACUGAGCCUGAUGUUAGUUUUCCUGUUGGGGCACCAGUCAGUGUGCCUAUUGCCACCCCUAUGCCCUCUGAAGCUCCUGUGGUGGACGUGAAGGGGCCGUUGCCGAUGCCACCUCCGGCAUCUCUGCCAAAACCUGUGAUGCCGAAACAAGUCACAUCAACAGAAUCAUGGCACUACGGGGCCAGUGCAUCCAGCAUGGCUGAGCCGCCUCCUGAAGGCGAGACAGCUCUAUUUCUCUCUGGACAAGAGAUUAUGUGGAAAGGAUUUGUCAACAUGCAUACUGUUGCCAAGUUUGUCACAAAGGCCUACCUGGUCUCGGGAUCCUUUGAGCAUCUCAAGGAGGACUUGCCCGAUACCAUUCACAUUGGUGGUAGAAUAUCUCCACACACAGUUUGGGACUAUGUUGGUAAACUGAAGACGUCACUGUCAAAAGAACUUUGUCUUAUUCGUUUCCAUCCAGCAACUGAAGAGGAAGAAGUUGCGUAUGUCUCUCUGUUUUCGUAUUUCAGCAGCCGAAAGAGGUUUGGCGUAGUAGCCAACAGCAACAAACGAAUCAAAGACCUUUACCUCAUUCCACUGAGCUCCAAGGAUCCUCUGCCUGCUAAACUUUUACCUUUUGAUGGACCAGGUCUCGAGCCUGCUCGUCCAAAUCUUUUGCUUGGGCUGUUAAUUUGUCAGAAAGACAAGAAACGUCCUGGAGCCCCUCUGGAAAGUGAGGAAAAACGUUCUAAAACGCAGCGAGAUGAUGAGACCGGCCUUCCAAAACCAAUCGUCGUUAGUAAAACUGACAAAGCCAUCCGUAUCACUCAGGAGACCAUAAGCACAACUCCUCCUGGAACUCCGCCCCCUGUCAGCAGUUCAGAGUCAUCGGUUGGUCAGCUUCCAUCAGUGUUUUCAAUCUUGUCCUCUGUCAAGGCACCUGGUGCAGGCAGUAAUUCCCCUUCAAUUACGGCUACCCCAGCAGUUCCUGCCACAUCUGCCACACCCCUUCAAACCAUCCUGAAGACUUUGUUUGGGAAGAAAAAGGAUUCUGAUGCUUCUCAGUCCCCUUCAGAUCGUAGUUCAACAGAUAUGUCUGUUCCUCUGCUGGAUCCGAUAGUUGAGCAGUUUGGCAUUACAAAAGGUAAAAAAGUGGAUGAGCAAGAGGACGAUAGACCAUAUGACCCAGAAGAAGAAUAUGAUCCCAGUAUUUCAUAUGGUAAAGAAAAGCUGAAUGAGUCUUUGGUCCCUAAAAGCAUCACACAACCAGAAGUCAAAUCUGGUGUGGUAGAUGAUAUUGCAUAUGACCCUGAAGAUGACUCCAUUUUUGAGGAGGUCAAGGGUGACCCAGGUUCCAAGAAGCAACCAGAGGAACCGGAACAGCAAAUACCCGAUGCUGCAUCUAUCUUAGCCAACAGUCAGUUGCUUCAACUUGGUAAAAAGGUUGAGCAGUUGGUUGCAAAAAGCACAGCUACUAUUCCAGUUAUUAAUCAGAAAAGGGAUCCCAGGCAGAGUAGGGACCCUAGACAAGUGGCUGCUAGUCAGAGGCUAAACUCAGAUGAUUCUGUAGAGAAGGAAGAGACUGCGGUUAUGUCUACUAUUAUUACUAGUACUUUGAGUAAUGCUAUAGCUGCUCCUACUAUGAUGACAGACAACCCUCCCCUUGACAUUGCUGGAAUACUAGACACAUUAACAUCACAGCAGCCUAAAGACUUAGACACUCCAUUACAAGAUUCCUUAAAAAAAGAACCUUCAGAACAAGGUGCAACCAUUGAUGUGCUGCCAUCACAAGGUCAUGCAAAUGUUGACUCGGACCUAUCACAUACGACUGAUGCUGUGUUUGAGUCAUCCAAGCCUGAAGAGGAAUCAAACAGUGAAGAGGUACCUUUCCUAGAUGCAGAUAGCACAGAAAUACCACUUUUAGGGGAAAAAAUAGACCCUGAACUAGUAGAAAGUUACUUAGACACAGAAUCUAAAGAAAGUCCAAAAGAAAAUGAUGUGCAGUUUGAAUCAGAAAACAAAAGCUUUGAAGAAAUUUGGCCUAAUUCUGCAACCAUUUUAAAAAAAGAGCCUUCUGUUGGAGAUUCAACGGAGUCUUCUACAACGACAUAUUACAACAUUACAACAAUCAGUACACCGAUAACGUCUAUGGGGAGGCCACAGGAUGUGACACAAGUGAGUUCAUCUUAUAUGGAUUCGCAUAGCUCUCAUAUGUCACACAUCCCUGGACCAAAUUCACAAAGUGAUUACCGUGGCCCUUCAGACAUUCCACCUCCAAUGUCCUUCCCACUGCCAGUUGGACCUCCACCUGUUCUUGGUCCACCACCAAUGACCGUUCCACCCCCCAUGCAUAUCCCACCGCCAAUAUCAGGGCCGCCUCCCAUUUCAGGACUACCUCCAAUGCAGAUGCCGCCACCAAUGCAAGGCCCACCUCUAACACAUGGGGAAAAUGACCUGCCACAAUAUCCACCACCUGGUCCUUAUGCAGCUUUUCAGAAUCAGUGGGGAAGCAGUCCACAGUUUGAUGGUUCAAGGGGCCCACCACCUCCAAUGGUUACACCGAGAGGGCUCCCACCAUCAGUCCCACCAAUGGGCCAAAGAGGACCUCCACCUCAAAUAUUUAAUAACAAUGUGCCCCCACAUCAUAUAGGUCCCCGAGUACCACCCCCUGGUCCUCUGCCACCUGGCCCACCACUCCCUCAUUUUGAUGGACAAAGAUUCAAUGGGCCACCUCCACCUUUCAAUUUCCCUGGACCUCGAGGCCCACCUCCACCAUUUGCGGGCCCUCCUCUUGGUCAUUUUGAGAGCAGAGCACCACCACCAUCUCACUUUCCUGGGCCAAGGGGUCCACCUCUUCUUAACAGCUUAGGGGAUCCUGGACCACUGACUAACAUCUCAAGAGGGCCUGCUGACAGCGAUAGUGGAAGUUCUUAUCAGCCAGUGAUUGAGCAACCCCAGGGACAGACAGCCUCACACAAUUACAGAGACAAUCAGGGACCCUCACAUGGUCCUCUGUUUAGGGGACCCCCACCAAACCACUUUGAUGGACGAAGAGGCCCACCUGGUUCUGCAGGAGAUAUAUCAGGGCACAGAUUUCCCCCACCAAAUCAAUUUCGUGGUUCACCUCAGGAUAGAGUAUCCUUUGAAGAACCAAGAGGAGGGUUAUCUCAAGACUUGGAAAGACACAGGGGCCCUGCCCCUCAGCAUUUUGGAGGGCCGAGAGCUCCACCACCAGGACACUACUCUGAUAAUGAUUCUGGAGGUCAGACAUCACGUUACCAGCUAAAUGAUAAUCUGAAUGACAUAAGACCUGUAAGGGGGCCUCUGUUGCCUACUCCACCUGAAGGUCCCAUCCCAGUACCAGGCCGCUUGGGUGGUCAUAGCCCAGAGUCCCAUCGUGAUGACCACUGGAGAAGACACUCCCCUGAAAUGAGAAGACGGAGCACCUCCAACAGAGAUGGUACCGAACCACAGGACAGGUCAAGUCGGUUUGACAGUGGUCCCCGUGACCGAGAUGGCCCAUCUGAAGAAAGGCAGCGAGAUGUGUCUGAGGACAGGAGAAGGGACAGAGAUCGGGAAGGGCUGCAUGGAGGCCGAUCAUGGGGCUGGAGCAGAGACCGUGAAUGGGAGCGUGGUAGGGAGAGAGACCGUGAUAGAGAUAGGGAGAGAGACCAUAGUAGAGAUAGGGAAAGAGACAGGGAGAGAGACCACAGUAGAGAUAGGGAAAGAGAUAGGGAGAGAGACCACAGUAGAGAUAGGGAUAGAGACAGGGAUCGGGACCGCAGUAGGGAAAGGGAAAGGGAGAGAGAGCGUAGCAGGGAGAGAGACCGCAGUAGAGGUAGAGACACUGAUCGGCACAGAGAUGGCGAUGGGGACAAGAGGAGGGAUCGUGAACGGGAUCGGGAUAGAGAGCGUGGCAGGGAGAGGGAAUCCGACAGGAAGGACCAUGACCGAGACAGAGGAAAGAACAGAGAACGGGAUAGAGACCGUGACCGGGAAAGUAGAGACAAACGGCGAGAGCGCUCAAGAAGCCGUGAACGGGACCGUGGCAGAGAUAGAGAGAGAAGAGAGCGGGACAGAGAGAGGGAGAAGGACAAGGACAGGGAUAAGGACAGGGAUAAAGACCGGGAUAAAGACCGGGAGAAGGACAAGGACAGGAAACAAAGGAGCCGUAGCAAAGACAAAAAGGAUGAGAAAAAAGAGAGACUCGAGACCUCAAGAGACACUGAGAAGUCUACUGAUAAUGAAGUCAUGUCCUAAGUUUUCUUUUUCCUACAAUGGUCAUGACAUUCUUCAUAUUUCACUAGCUUUGGUACAUGGAAUUUCCAAAUGGAUUUGCAUGUUUGUGAAACUAUUAUACAUUCGUAAUUCGGUGAUUUUUUUUUUUUUUUAAUUUUUUUUUGCUGCUUCCAUGACACAUUUUGUGCUCUUGGUUACAUUCAAGGACACUGAUUUUGUGAAUUUCAUUUAAAGAUGUAAUUAGUGGAAUAAUGUCAUGCCAUGUUACCCAUCACCUGGUAAAAUGUUUUAAAAGUUAAAAAAAAAAAAAAAGACAUGUAAAUAUGUAUUUGUGUAUAUACAUACAUGUGGUUUUUAACUGUUUUUUCUAGUAGAGAAGUGAAGCCAUAUAGCUUACAAGGAUUAAUGUAAGAGGGAUAAACUGGCCUUGAGGUCUCUGUAUGGCAAAACUUGUUUAGCAGUCAAUAGAUAUGCCUGCAGGCUGUCGUCAGUCAGAUGUUCUGUAAGCUUUAUCAGGUUUUGUUUAUUAAACCCCUCUUUGUACAA